CGGGCAGCCCCGGCGCACAGCCGCGGCCCGGGCGCGCGGCGCGGGGCGGAAAAGCCUGUUUACACAGACUGCACACCGCCUGGGGAAUAAUGCAGUAAAGGAAGUGAGCAGGCUCGGCCUGACUGCUCCAACUUCCUGCUCUCACACACAGCAGAGGAAAAAAAAAAAAAGAGGAGCGAGAGAAAGAAAAAAAGGGGGAAAAAUCAGGAUCUCAUUACAAGAGCAACAGACCGUCUGCAGACGCCUGUCAGCAUGGAAAGUCGGGGGCUUUCGCCCGGGUCCUCCUAGAAAUCUCCCCAAGAAGACUCCCAAACGCUCCCCCACAUCUGGGUAUGGAGAGUGCAAUCACGCUGUGGCAGUUCCUUUUGCACUUGUUGCUGGACCAGAAACAUGAGCACCUCAUCUGCUGGACGUCUAACGACGGCGAGUUCAAGCUCCUCAAGGCGGAAGAAGUGGCCAAGCUGUGGGGCCUCCGCAAGAACAAGACGAACAUGAACUACGACAAGCUGAGCAGAGCCCUGAGAUACUAUUACGACAAGAACAUUAUCAAGAAGGUGAUCGGGCAGAAGUUUGUGUACAAGUUCGUCUCUUUCCCGGACAUCCUCAAAAUGGAUCCCCAUGCGGUGGAGAUCAGCCGGGAGAGCCUCCUGCUGCAGGACAGCGACUGUAAGGUGUCCCCUGAAGGCCGAGAGGUCCACAAGCAGGGCUUGUCUGCCCUGAAGAGCACAAGCCGCAAUGAGUACAUCCACUCGGGCCUGUACUCGUCCUUCACCAUCAACUCCCUGCAGAACCCUCCUGAGGCCUUCAAGGCCAUCAAGACAGAGAAACUGGAGGAGCCCUGUGACGACAGCCCCCCUGUGGAAGAAGUCAGGACUGUGAUCAGGUUUGUGACCAAUAAAACCGACAAGCACAUCACCAGACCCGUGGUGUCCCUGCCUUCCACCUCCGAGGCCGCGGCAGCAUCCGCUUUCCUGGCCUCGUCUGUCUCAGCCAAGAUCUCCUCUUUAAUGUUGCCAAAUGCGGCCAGCGUGUCGUCUGCGUCACCCUCCUCAUCUCGGUCCCCAUCCCUGUCCCCCGACUCUCCCCUCCCUUCCGAACACAGAAGCCUCUUCCUCGAGGCCGCCUGCCAUGACUCGGAUUCUCUGGAACCCUUAAAUCUGUCAUCGGGCUCCAAAACCAAGUCUCCAUCUCUUCCCCCAAAAGGCAAAAAACCCAAAGGCUUGGAAAUCUCCGCACCUCAACUGUUGCUCUCGGGCACCGACAUCGGCUCCAUCGCCCUCAACAGCCCAGCCCUCCCCUCAGGAUCCCUCACUCCGGCCUUCUUCACCGCACAGACACCAAAUGGCCUGCUGCUGACCCCGAGUCCGCUGCUCUCCAGCAUACACUUCUGGAGCAGCCUUAGCCCCGUCGCGCCACUGAGUCCUGCCAGGCUGCAAGGGCCAAACACACUUUUCCAGUUUCCCACACUGCUCAAUGGUCACAUGCCGGUGCCGCUCCCCAGUUUGGACAGAGCUCCGUCCCCGGUACUGCUUUCUUCCAGCUCUCAGAAGUCAUGAUGACCGCAGGAAUCAUGACCGUCAUCGUUGUCAUCACCGUCGCAGCCACCACCGCUGCUGCCGUCGGCAGCAACUAGGCGCUCAAAACUCAUGAAGCCAGUUUGUCCCCAUGGGCUAGUUUACCUGUGUCAUGAGAAGGACAUUGUGGAACCCUGUUAAUUUGGCUUGCACUUUUCAUAACACGGAUCAUCUAGAUGUAUGUUAGCAUUUUAAAAAACCAAUUUUAUAUAUUCAGCUCUAUAUGAAAGUGUUUUGCAUUAAGUGGAUUUUAAUGUUUUUGUUUUUCUAUCCUUUGAGCUCUGAAGUGUUGAACACUGACAGUGGAGAACCUUUCUUAAUGUUUUCUAUGUAACUAAUAAGGAUGUGAAGCUGUUUAUCCCCUUAAUUCUGCAUUCGCUGAACUCUGCUUGUAUACACGAUAUAACCAGCUGUGCCUUCCUUUUGCAUUUAGUUUUAUGUACAUGAUUUGUGUAUUUCUAGUAUUAAGAGAAAAUGUUUGAAGGACAAUACAGCAUCAAACAGCUCUCGGAAGAAUGUUAUUCUCACAGGUAGAGAACAUGAACGCCUGUUCCUACCACUGUAAGAACUGCCUUAGGACCUCUCUUGAACUGAAAUUCAGUAUAUGUAAUGUCCAAGUAAUGUUUUUAUAAGAAUGAACGAAGCCAUAUUUAGACA